AUGCCUUCGCGCAAAAGAGGGAUGGAAGACCCUCUUGGCACUGGAGAGAAUGAAACGUCGCCGCUUUUACAGCAGAUUCGAAACAUGUGGCAGUUUGCAAACUUGUGUCAGUGGAUUUACAUUUUUGGCAAGGCUGCGAAAGUUGAUGACUCUGUGGACAUUGAGGAAAUCGAGGCGGAAUGUCUGAACCCACAAUCAGCUAAGCUUUCUAAUAUUGCCUUGGCCCUACUAAAGCUUGUAUCGUCACACCGCGGACUGAACCACGAGAUUCUUGAUCAACAGCUUCGCAAACAAUACAUUGCUAAUGCUCCCGACCAAAAUCCCUUUGGUGACGAGGCUAAUCCCGUAUCAUUUGCUAACCUAAGUGUCAUUACCAAAAUCAAAAUUCUGCAAAAGUUAACCCAAUGGACUAUGAUGUAUCCCGAAAGAAUACGAGAACGGAUGGAAGAACAAAAGGACAACGAGCAAAUCAACUGGCGUAUCGAGCCCUUUGGGUGGGACCAUGAGGACCGUAUCUACUUCGUCUUGGACGACAAUAGGAUAUAUCGACUCACACAGCCAAACAUCAAUGCGCAGUCCAACCUCGGUAAAAGAAAACAUUCUCGAGGCGGCCGUCGACCUGGCAAGAGACGGCGCAUUGUUUCCCCGAGCGAAACCGAACAUGCUGGAAGCAUAGAUGACGGACAUGUUGCAGGAUUGGAAUCAGCUGAUGACGUCGUUGGUGGCGUAUGGGAGUGUGUUGCCGUCACCUUGGAAGAGACACGGGUCUUUCUAAAUUCGCUAAACAGAACGCGGGAUGAAAACGAAAAAAUUUUGCGGGAACGAGUGGAAAAGCAUUUAUUGCCAAUCUUGGAAAAGCAGGAGGAAGCAAUGAAACGGAGACAACAACAACGUGAACGGGAGCGAAUCAACUUGGCGAAAAUGGCCAACGCGAAGAGAUCAAGCCGCAUAGCUCUCAAGCUGGAAAAGCAAAAACAAGACGAAGAGGAAAGAGAACAAUAUCGGCAGCAACUCGAGGCUGAAAAAGCUCAGCAACGCGAAAUUCUUUCUCAGCAGAAAGCCAGUGAAGAACGGGACUUCAGAAUGUUUUCUCGUCAACGGCGUCUGAAGGAGAGAGAACUCCGUAGGAUGCGAUAUGCUGAGGAACUGGCCCAGCUCUCGGAGGACAGCAAAAACGCCCAAGAGACGCCACGUGUCUCAGAGCGGCAACUGGUGGCCGAAAUAGAGAAGAAAAGACAAGCAAUGAGAGCCAUUCAACUGGAGGAAGAGGACUGGGUCUUUGACUGUAAAUGUGGCCUCUACGGUCAGAUUGAUGAUGGCACUCACAGCCUGGCUUGUGAAAGAUGCAACAUCUGGCAGCAUAGCAGCUGUCUUGGAAUCAGCGAGAAGGAAGCUGAGAAACCCGACUUCCGCUUCGUUUGCACUUCUUGCGAUCGCCGAGAAACUGAAAACUGCAAGACAUCAAAGACCAUCAUCAAGCUCAAAGUUCCACCCGCUAAAGGAUCAGCCAUGCCAGCAGAACAUCAAUACGACUCGGAGAUAAGCCAACCCGGCGAGUUGCGGACAGCAGAGAAUCAUCUUUCCUAG